UGGCUGGAUGUCAAAAGUGCAUGUGAAUCGACCUGCAGUUGUGAGGUAUGCAGAACGAAUUCAGAAAUGGAGAACUGUGAAAGGUAAUUGGCAAGCUGCUUGGUUUCUGAAAGCUGUCACCUGUAUAGACCUUACCACUCUUUCAGGAGAUGAUACUCCUUCAAAUGUUUACAGACUGUGUUUUAAAGCAAAACAUCCCAUCAGAGAGGAUCUGCUGAAAGCCUUGGACAUGCAUGAUAAAGGUAUUACUGUCGGAGCAGUUUGUGUAUAUCCUGCAAGAGUCACCGAUGCUGUUAAUGCCCUAAAGGCUGCUGGUUGUAACAUUCCAGUAGCUUCCGUGGCUGCUGGUUUUCCAUCUGGACAAACUCCUCUGGAAACCAAACUGGCUGAAAUAAAACUAGCUGUGGAAUAUGGUGCCAGAGAGAUUGACAUUGUCAUUAGCAGGAGUCUGGUGCUGACUGGCCAGUGGGAAGGUCUCUACGAGGAGAUCCGUCAGUGCCGUGAGGCCUGUGGAGAAGCUCAUAUGAAAACAAUCUUGGCAACAGGUGAACUGGGUUCCCUUACUAAUGUCUACAAAGCCAGUAUGAUAGCUAUGAUGGCAGGUUCUGAUUUUAUAAAGACGUCUACAGGAAAGGAGGUGGAAAAUGCAACCUUCCCAGUUGGAGUAGUCAUGAUGCGAGCCAUUAGAGAAUUCUACUGGAAAACUGGCAACAAGGUUGGAUUUAAGCCUGCUGGGAGCAUUCGGACGGCAAAAGACGCUAUUACUUGGCUUAUGCUGGUGAAGGAGGAACUGGGAGUGGAAUGGCUAACACCAGAGCUCUUUCGCCUGGGUGCCAGUAGUUUGCUGGAAGACAUUGAGAAACAGAUUUUCUAUCAUGUGACUGGCUCUUACGCACUCCAGCAUGACCUGGCAAUGGCUUAGACACAAAAUCAGCAAACAGCAUUCAGAAGUCUUCUGACAACCAAGUGCAUAUGAUAGAAUUAAAGGCCUAAUUCUCUCUUCUUCAUAUUUUAUAGUAUUUAAAAAUAUGC